AUGCCGAAAAUCUUCCUAAUCAAGAAACGGCUGCAUGAGCAGCAAUUAGGGUUGCAGGAGGGGCUGGAAUUGCUAGCUAGCAAGUCUGACCCGCUCUGUCCUGGCUCCCCUCUCGAUGAUGGCCCCAUUGCACUCCUUUCUAAGAAGGAUAAGGAUUGUAUCGAACGAGAUGUGUUCGGCGAAAGCAAUGGAGUAAAAAUUCCAAGAGACAAACGUUCUAAAGAACCUCGAUUUGUAUCUUCCAUACUCGGAGGUGACGUCCCAUAUGGCAGUCAUAGAGGACACGUUCUUACGCAAGCAGAGCGUAAACAGUACCUGCCGGUCUUAGCUAAAGAAAAGAAAAAGGAAGACAAACCUCUUAUAAAAGAAGAAAAAGACACACUUGACAGUGAUCCAGUUGUGCUUCCUUCUAGAAAUAGCCCAUCGCCAGAAUCAGCUCCCUCACCAGGCAUUGAUAACAGUGUUACAUGUCAAAAAGUGUCAGUCAUACAAAGAACACCAUCACAGUCACAGUUUCGUGAUGGAAAAAAAGAAGUAUCUGACGUUAGUAUUCCACAAACAUUACCUGUCCCUGAACCAGAACAAGACCAACCUAUUGAUUACGUUAUUGCCAAAAAACGUGGUGAAUCAGAAGAUGAAGAAACUGAAAAGAAAAUAAGAGAACAAAGGAGAACAAGCAGUUCAAAAAUCGCCAAUGGAAUUUUAGCGCGACCAACUUUAGUACUGCGUAAUUGUCCGAAUAAAGUUCCAGGUAUUAUUACCGCUGCUGCUGGUCAUGGUAGAUCUACUGGAAACACCGGUUCAAAUGGCAGUUCACAAAGUACUGGUGGCUCAGGUAGUUUUAGUUCUGGUGGCGGUGGGACGGCACCCUCGUCUGGUGGGGGCGGAGCCAUCGGAGGUGGUUCUGGAAGUGGCGGCAAUGGACGAGACGGCCGUUCUAAUUAUGGACCAAACAGCCCACCUACAGGCAGUCUUCCUCCUUUCUACGAAACUUUAGGGCCAUCUACAAAAGGCGGCCAAAAUUCAUUUAAUGCCAAUAGCAACUUCUCUAAUGAAUUCAAUAUAAUCAAUGGAUUCAACAUGGAUUGCGAAAAUAAUGACAAUGCAACUAAUUUCCCAGAACAAAGUAAACAGUAUUCAUUAAUGCAAAAUGCUCACUACGGCUUAGCGCUUAAAGAUGAAGAAAUAGAUUAUGAAAGUAAAUUAGAAAACAUAGGCGCUAUUGGUAAUUAUGGAAAUAAUUUCGAUGAAUCAAUGGUAGUUGACAUGGGAGAAGAUGUCAUCGACAACUAUCAAUUUGCCAACACACUAACUUUUCCUGGACCAAACGAAGGCAUAUUAGGAAACCUUUCAGAUUCAGCAGAAGACUUUGCUAGUUUACUUAAUAACCACGUAGAAUCAAUUACGGAUUCAGAUAUUAGAGAAUCAUCUUCUAUUACACCAGAUUCAGUACACAAUCCUGUAGAUAUUGAAUCAUUAGCAGAACAAGUUAAUUUAAGUAGAUAUUAUGAAAAAGCUAAUUACUUAGCAUUCGCCAGCCAAGAAAAUCAGGGUUCCUCAUACAAUUUCACUAAGGAUCGGCCAGAUUUAUUGAUGCAAUUGAAUCCAGCUCUUUUACAACAUGGUGAAGGACAAAUGCAACAGCUACAAAUUCACGUGCAACUCCAGCAGAGACAACAGAUUCUGUCUCCGGGUUUCCCCUUCACUAGUCAUCCUUCGCUCGACCUUGACUCACCGACGGGCACCUCACUGCCUUCUCCUGGCGGCAACAACUCACUGGAUGGGAGCAGUCACAUCGAGAACGCAUCACUCAGUCCAGCUGCUGCUGUAAGUCUCAAGAAAGCCUCUGCCGGCGAUGGCAAAAUUCAAAUCUUGCAACAAAGGUUGGGUUUACCAGCAGAACUUCCGUUGGAAUUUAUAAAUGGUGGACAUGGUGUGAAGAAUCCAUUGGCAACUGAAGCUAAUGCGAGACAAAGAGAGGAGGAGAAAAACAAACAAGUAUUAGUAAGCGAAGAUGAUCCUACGAAGUUUGUAUGCAGGGUCUGCUCCAAGAACUUCAGUUUACAGAGGCUCUUGAACCGACAUAUGAAAUGUCACUCAGACGUGAAGAGAUACUUAUGCACCUUCUGUGGCAAAGGGUUCAAUGACACCUUCGAUCUAAAAAGGCACACAAGGACGCACACUGGUGUACGACCAUACAAAUGCAACCUCUGCGAGAAAUCGUUUACCCAAAGAUGCUCACUGGAGUCCCACUGCUUGAAAGUCCAUGGAGUACAACAUACCUAUGCAUACAAAGAGAGAAGGACUAAGAUGUACGUUUGUGAAGAAUGCGGACACACGACAUCGGAGCCGGAGGAACAUUACAUGCACCUAAAGAAACAGCAUCCAUAUUCUCCUGCAUUGCUAAAGUUCUACGACAAACGACACUUCAAGUUCACCAACGCGACGUUCGCGAACCAGCUCCUAGGACAGCUGCCAAUGCCAGUACACAACUAA